AUGCAAGAUCAAAUUUCCAUUGAGGAGCAAGUUUCCAAAUUUUGGACCUUGGAAAGUUUCGGAAUAUUAAAAAACGAAUUGUCUGUUUACGAAGAUUUCGAAGACGAAAUUGAAUUUUCAGAAGGCCGAUAUCAGGUUAAACUUCCUUGGAAAAAAGACCACCCAACUCUUCCCGACAAUUUCGAGCUUUGCCAAAAACGUCUCAUUGGGCUUUAUUCUAAACUGAAAAAGAAUAGAAAACUCUUGAACGAUUAUGAUUCCAUUAUAAAUGAUCAAGAAAAGAGGGGUAUUAUUGAAAGAGUUGAUUCUCAUUUUGUUGGUGGAGUUGGAAAAACGCACUAUAUCCCUCAUCACCCAGUUAUUAGGGAGGAUAAAGAAACCACCAAAGUGCGUUUGGUUUAUGAUGCCUCUGCGAAGGAUAAAACUGGUGUUUCGUUAAAUCAAUGUCUUUACCCUGGACCGUGUUUGCUUAAAACUGUCGCUGAAAUUAUUGCAAGGUUUCGUCUAAACCCAAUCGCUUUAACGUCAGAUAUUGAAAAAGCGUUCCAUAUGGUGUCAGUUCACCCAUCUGAUAGGGACGUUCUUCGUUUUCUCUGGGUAGACAGUUUAGAUGACGAGCAGCCAAAAAUUAUUACUUACAGAUUUUCUCGUGUUGUUUUUGGGAUUACAUGCUCACCGUUUCUGCUAAAUGCAACCUUGAAAAAGCACAUUGAAAGCUAUUCUACAGAUUACCCUGAGGUGUGUAAUAAACUUCUUAAUUCGCUUUAUGCUGAUGACGUAAACUCCGGAGGACAUUCUAUCGAAGAAGUUUUAAAUCUUUAUGAAAUAUCUAAAAACCUCAUGCUUGAAGGAGGUUUUCGACUCCGAAAAUGGCAGUCAAACUCUAAAGAAGUUAGGGACAAAAUCGAAGAUUUUGAAUCCAAUUCUAGCGAAUGUAUAGAAAACAUUUUACCUACAACAGAAGAAAACCAAUCUUUUGCGAAGUCAAGUUUAUCUAUGGAAGAAAUUGAUAACAAAUCAAAAUGUGUAAAGGUCUUAGGGCUAAACUGGGAUCUCGAAGAGGAUGCCUUUGAGUUCAAGCUGUCAGAACUUGCAAAGUUCGCUGCCGAAUUGAUUCCUACCAAGCGCAAUGUAUUGAGGCUAGUUGCAAAGGUAUUCGAUCCUCAAGGUUUCAUUUCACCUGUGACUACUCCUCUGAAGGUGUUUUUACAGAAACUCUUUAAGGCAAAAUUGUCUUGGGAUGAAACAUUACCUGAAGCACUUGACAAAGAAUGGAAAUUUCUCAUCUCCAAAUUAGAUAAAGUAGAAUCUAUUUUUGUACCAAGGUACUAUUUUGGUUCCAUCGAUGGGAAACCUGACCUCGUCGAACUUUUCGGCUUUUGCGAUAGUUCUGAAAGUGCUUAUGUAGCGUCG